AUGUUCAGCGGCUCCUCGAGCCCACCCAAAGAUAAGACCGAAGCCACCACCAUACCUGGAAUCGACACGAGUUCCCUGAGCCUCCAGCCCGAAAACGCCAGCCCCCGCGACAAGCGAUUCUCCCCGCCUGGCGCUGGCUUCUUCCGUCGACAGAGCGAAGAUCAGGGUCCCGCCGGCGAAAAGAAGCGCAGAAGCAGCACCGUCACCAAGGCGGCUAACUUCUUCAGCACCGCCAAAAACAGCCUCUCCCUGAACGGUACGCGCGAAGGUUCCUCCUUCAGCACCAGUCCGAGCGUCUCGGAGAGUCCUCUCUCUAAGCUAGGAAAAAUGGAUCCCGCUCUGGUUGUCCCGCAAGGGUCCUUCAAUAACUCCGCUGGAGAAUCGGUACCGACUGCACGCUCAUCUUUCCGCGUUGGCGUAACAGAAGAUCGCAAUCGAAAAUGCCGCCGGACGAUGGAAGAUACACAUGCCUACCUGUACAACUUUCUGGGUACCCCGGCCCCGGCAGGCUCAUCUAGUACCAACGGCAACGACUCUCUGACAAGCGCGAACGAGUCUCAGACAUCCAACGAUUCCCUGAACGCGGUAGAAACAGACAAUGGUUAUUUCGCCAUCUUCGACGGGCAUGCGGGUACUUUCGCGGCGGAGUGGUGUGGCAAGAAGCUCCAUCUGAUCCUAGAGGAGGUCAUGCGCAGGAGUCCGACGACCCCGGUACCCGAACUUCUCGAUCAAACGUUUACCAGCGUAGACCAGCAGCUAGAGAAGCUGCCUCUCAAAAACAGUGGCUGUACUGCAGUGACCGCGGUCCUCCGCUGGGAAGAUCGUGUCCCUAGCUCAAGUUCCGCUACCGGGUCUGCUGCUCUUGCCCCUGCCACUGCAGCGGUUAGCGCCAACUCGGAGGCCGCGGAGACACCGGCUCAAGAUGCCCCCUCGGGAGGGUCCAUUCCCAAGUUGCAAGAUAAGGCUAUUCGUCAACGAGUGCUGUAUACCGCCAACGUUGGUGAUGCUCGCAUUGUACUGUGUCGCAAUGGCAAAGCACUGCGUUUAUCUUAUGAUCACAAGGGAAGUGACGAGAACGAAGGAAAGAGAAUUACCAACGCUGGCGGAUUAAUUCUCAACAAUCGUGUCAAUGGUGUUCUGGCCGUCACCCGUGCCUUGGGCGAUACCUAUCUCAAAGAUCUAGUUACUGGACAUCCCUACACCACUGAAACCGUGAUACAGCCAGAUGCUGACGAGUUUAUCAUUCUGGCUUGCGACGGGCUAUGGGAUGUAUGUAGUGACCAAGAGGCUGUCGAUCUCAUCCGCAAUGUGCAGGAUGCUCAACACGCUUCGAAGAUCCUUGUGGAUCACGCCCUUGCGCGCUUUAGUACAGACAAUCUGUCUUGUAUGGUAAUUCGUCUCGAUUCCAACCGGGUGAAGGACGUCGUGAACAAUAAAGCAGAUCCCAUUGGAGUGGACGGUGACCCAUCAGCCAAUGUGCCUGGGGGUGUGAGCGAAGCCGACAAGAUUGUGGAAGGUGCCCGAAGAAGCAUGGCGAGUGCGGGCAUUGCCGAUAACCCCGAGAUUGCAGAGCAGGUCCAUGAAGAAAUCCUGGAGAAAAUGGCCCACAGCAACGAUGAUAAAGAACCGGGGCCCGAACUCAAUAUCACAGACAAUCGCCAACUCCCCUCUGUGGAUAUUCUCAGUUCUAGUAACGCUCCUCAGCAAAGCAAAUAA